UGCUCCGGUGUUUUGGGUCGUUGUCCUGUUGCAUCACCCAGCUUCUACAUGGUUUCAGCUGACGUACGGACAGUCUCACAUUAUCCUGAAGAACUGUCUGAUGUACAUUUGGAAUUCAUCUUUCCCUCAAUGAUUCCAAGCUGGCCAGGCCCUGAUGCAGCAAAGCAGGCCCAAAUCAUGAUGUUUCCUCCACCAUACUUUACAGUUGGGAUGAUGUUUUCAAGCGUAACGAUGGUCCCAAAGUGUCUCCAUUUGUAUAUUCUUUUCCUAACUGCAGACUGUUGAAUUUCCAAAGUCUUUGAAACCGCUUUGUAACCCUUGCCAGCUUUAUGUAAAUCAACAAUUCUUGAUCGUAGAUCCUCUGAAAGCUCUUUUUGGUGAGGAAUGGCUCACAUAAGCGUGUUCUUGUGCAGAGCAAACUUCAAAAGUUUGAGGGAUUUUUAUCAGUCAAAGUAGCUGUAGUCCAAACCUCCAAACUUAUCUUAAAGACUCCAGGUGUGCUAAAACUUGACUCCAAUUAGCUUUUUGUGGUCUCGAGGGAUCACAUACUUUUACCACAAGCACUGAGUUUUUUUGGUUCUCAAUAAAGACAUGAAAGAUUAAAUAAAUUUGUUAUUUUAGACACAUUUUAUUUGUCAAUACCCUUGACUUAGAUGAAGAUCAGAUCACAUUUUAUGACAAAUUUAUUCAGAAAACCAUGACAUUCCAAAAGGUUCACAUAAUGUUUCCUGCCACUUUAUAUAGCAAUAUAAUAUAAAAUGUAUCUGGGUGAAGGUGCAUAUCAGCACGUUCUCUGAAUCACCGGCAGGUGGCGACAUAUACUCAAUUAUUUGCCUGUUUCGGGGAGCGGCACUGUGACUGAACGCUCUCAGUAGUGUUACAAUAGAUCCAUACUUCAAAUCACAGUUUAUAUAGUAGCAAGCAACACAUUUGUAAGUUUAAGCAUUUUAAACUAUGCAAAAUUAAAUGGCAGCCAGCUGAGUUUAUAGAGGCUUUUAUUAAAUCCUUAUUUAGCUUACAGAAUAGCUUACACUAUAACUUCACUUGCAAAAUAAUGCAGUCAAAUACUUAAAAGCCAAAUUUCAUUGACCCAGUAAAAAGAUGAUGCUUAAAACCUCAAAUACAUGCGUUUUCUAAUAGGGUUUAGAAGCACACACUUGAAAAUAAUGCAAUAGUGGUAAAUUUGUCCAAAUCAGGUUUAUUUAUCCAUACACCUGUUCAUCUGUCGCUCUCUUACGCAGUGUUUAAUUUUGCGUUCAUUCUGACGCCGACGUGAGAGGGAGAAUGUAGUGCUUGCGAUGGUUACCAGGUAAGGGAGUGAGCGACUGCAGCCAUGGCAACGCGACUGGUGUAGUUGUCUCCUAGUGUAUUGGUGACAUUGGGAAGAGUUAAGGACCGUAUAGGGUCCCUGACCACGUCUGCGCUUUCGCAAACUGGCUGCGUCAGGACGGAUCCCUAAGCAACCCCGUCAUGGACGAAACUGAAGACGGCGAUGAAGACCACAAAGAGACAGAGAGGAGCGACAUUCCUGACCCUUCCUCCAAGAUGAAGAAUUUAACACCAGGAGGGGGAGCAACGGCAUCAGUGAGUAGGAUCUCCAACAACAAUGAUUUCCGCGUCGCGCACAACAAGGACUUCGCCUCUGUCUCAUGUGGACGCGCCACGGAAUCAGCGUUCCUGUGCCAGGGAGAUGUCCCCGGGUUUACAUACCCGGUCAUCAGGGGUGGCGCGGAAAGGACCCUUGGAGCCGCCGGCUUUGAAGGUGAGGAGGGCAGCGGAAUGAGAUGCGUAAUCAACGGAGAUUGCAGAAGAGACGCGGCCACCUCCUGGAGCUUGUCCUCAAAUCUCUCUAAACACGAGAAGCAUACAGGUGGAGGAUUCCCAGUGUCUGCAUGCCACUCCACCACCUCCAGCAUGGAUGGCUCUGUCACACCUAAGGGAUCUUUAGCAGCACAGGGUCCAGGGGCCGAGACGGCGAGCCUGGGGGCCCCAAACGCUCCAAUAGAAAAGAAAGACUCCAGGGUUUCUUUCUCGAACGCGCCUAGCAGAAAAACGUCCUCACCUGGGCGCGGAGCCACCCCGAACCAGCAACCAGGCAAUUCUGGCACCUUUCUUAAAUCUGAAGAUGGACAGAUUUUGGCAGAUGAAGGGGAUUCCAGAGACAAUCAAACUUACAUGCAAAGACAGUUUAGUUCCAUGCUGCAACCCGGAGUCAAUAAAUUCUCACUGCGUAUGUUUGGCAGCCAAAAGGCAGUGGAAAAGGAACAAGAACGAGUCAAAUCUGCUGGCAAUUGGAUUAUUCAUCCGUAUAGUGAUUUCAGGUUUUACUGGGAUUUCACAAUGCUGAUGUUUAUGGUGGGCAACUUGAUCAUCAUUCCCGUGGGCAUCACCUUCUUCAAAGAGGAGACAUCCACCCCCUGGAUUCUCUUCAACGUUGUGUCCGAUACAUUCUUCCUCAUGGACCUGGUGCUGAACUUUCGCACGGGCAUUGUCUACGAAGAAAACACCGAGAUAAUACUGGACCCUCGGAAGAUCAAGAAAAAGUAUCUCAAGACGUGGUUCGUAGUGGACUUUGUAUCUUCCAUCCCGGUGGAUUAUAUCUUUCUCAUUGUGGAGAAAGGCAUUGACUCUGAGGUCUACAAGACGGCCAGGGCGUUGAGGAUCGUGCGGUUCACCAAGAUUCUCAGUCUGCUGCGACUUCUGCGACUGUCCAGGUUGAUUCGUUACAUCCAUCAAUGGGAGGAGAUCUUUCACAUGACCUAUGACCUGGCCAGCGCCGUGAUGCGCAUUUUCAAUCUGAUUGGCAUGAUGCUUCUGCUGUGCCAUUGGGACGGUUGCCUGCAGUUCCUGGUGCCCAUGUUGCAGGACUUCCCUUCGGACUGCUGGGUGUCCCUCAACAAGAUGGUGAAUGACUCCUGGAGCGAGCUGUACUCCUUCGCCCUGUUCAAGGCCAUGAGCCAUAUGCUGUGUAUCGGGUACGGGCGCCAGGCCCCUGAGAGUAUGUCUGAUAUCUGGUUGACCAUGCUGAGCAUGAUCGUGGGAGCCACCUGCUAUGCCAUGUUCAUCGGCCACGCCACCGCCCUCAUACAGUCGUUGGACUCGUCCCGUCGCCAGUACCAGGAGAAGUACAAGCAAGUUGAGCAGUACAUGUCUUUCCAUAAACUUCCAGCCGAUUUCCGGCAGAAGAUCCACGACUACUAUGAGCAUCGAUACCAGGGCAAGAUGUUCGACGAAGAAAGCAUUUUGGAGGAGCUGAACGAGCCGUUACGAGAGGAAAUAGUCAACUUCAACUGCCGGAAGCUGGUGGCGUCUAUGCCUCUCUUCGCAAAUGCAGAUCCCAAUUUUGUAACAGCUAUGCUAACAAAACUCCGCUUUGAAGUCUUCCAACCAAAAGAUUACAUCGUUCGCGAGGGCACCAUCGGAAAGAAGAUGUACUUCAUCCAGCAUGGUGUAGUCAGCAUUUUGACCAAAGGGAAUAUAGGCAUGAAGCUCUCCGAUGGCUCUUAUUUUGGGGAGAUCUGCUUGCUGACCCGUGGAAGACGAACUGCAAGCGUGCGUGCAGACACCUACUGCCGGCUGUACUCACUGUCUGUGGACAACUUCAAUGAAGUCCUGGAAGAGUAUCCCAUGAUGAGAAGAGCAUUUGAGACGGUUGCCAUUGACCGACUUGACCGGAUAGGCAAGAAAAACUCCAUCCUGAUGCACAAAGUACAGCACGAUCUUAACACUGGCGUCUUCAACAACCGCGAGAACGAGAUGAUCCAGGAGAUCGUUAAGUACGAUCGGGAAAUGGUUAAGCUGGUUAAAGAAGGAGAAAUGCAGAGACCCAGGGCCAUGUCCAUGACUACUUCGACUCCUGGCAACAUAUUUGCACCUUUCAGCCAACCUUCCACCAGCUCUGCCAUUGCGACUCUCCAACAGGCCGUAGCCAUGAGCUUCUGCCCCCAGAUGGGCAACUCUCUAGUGGGUUCCGGGGCAGUUCAAUCUCCCCGCAUGGUGCGCCGCUUCCAAGUGGUCCAGAGCCAGACACCUCCAGGGUCCCAGUAUUCCACCCUGGCCCUCGCUUCAGCUCUCGCCAGCACACCUGUCCACAGCCCCCUAGCACCUACUGGUCGAACAUUUCAGUAUGGUUCCAGCCCCCCUGGUGCACCCUCAGGGUCACAGCUAUCCCUGGUUCAGCAACACGUUCCAAGCCCCACUCAUCGUCUACCAGGCCCCAGGAGCACUCUGAGCCAGGGUGCCCGAGCUUUAUCUGCCUCCCAACUGUCUUUACCCCAGGAUAUGGUGCCGCCAGCUGCCCCAAGCCCUUCCCAAUCCACCCGAGUCUCCUCGACUUCCAUCGGCCCCCCUCAGAACCUCCCAGGGCCGGUAGGUUUUCGAGGUGGCAUCCCUCCAAGAAUGGCUCUAACGCACCAAAUGUCCUUUGGCGCUUUCCCUCCUGCCACGCUUCCCCAGAUGAGACCCAUCCUAGAUUCAGGACUGCCCAAGAAGGAUUCAAUAAUCAGCCUUCCAGAAACAGAACAUCAUGCCAGAUCGCGAUUAUCCUCAAAUUUGUGACCAAGACGGAGCUGGAGGCCACUUCCUGUAGUCAGGAAUGUGUGGACUUUUUCCUUCACCGAGAACUUUUUCCCGUUCCCGGUCGCACCUUGGAUUUGACUCUCAGAAUGUACAUGGUGUGACUGGCCACAAGAGAUCCCUCAGACUUGACAGCAUACUACAAGAACAUGUCUGUAUAAUUCUUACACGACCGAGACUUUUACAUUGUACCUAUAAUAUACACGUUGAUGUAGCUUCCACUCACACAAUUUGCCUCUUUAACAUGGUUUUCUUUAUUGUAGCUGUACACAAAGAUUACAAAUAUACCCACCUCCUUUUAUAAACUGUAGUACAAAGAUACAAACUGGUGUUAAGUCGAAAUAACCGAACAUAGCAGCUUCUGAUCACAAUUUAGGAGCUUAUUCCCUCCUCUUGACAUGGACUGGCUAGACGACAGAUAUUUAACCUAUUAUGCACAUUAUUGUUAUAGAAAACUAAUAAAAUGAUGACGUAUUAAAUGGCUGCUGAACAGAAUCCUACACCACUACUGAAGAGUAAUUGUAAUUCUUACUGGAAUGGAACUGUUAAGUGUUUUAUUCCUUAAGACCAAAGUUGGGCCAAACGAAAAUGUUAACCUGAAAUGACAUGUAAAGGUGUGUUAAAUGACACGAAAGGAUGAAAACAAAUAUAAUUUCAUUGCCUUGAUUUUGACUAAGACUGUCUGUGUGUUAGCUCUAUGUUCCACUACACGGCACAAUGAAUCCACGUCUUGAUUUAGUGUUGGGACACAUAUCAAUUUUUACAUUCCUGACUCACCCUUAUGUCAUUCCAAACUUCUAUACGACUUUCUUCUGUGGAAGGCAAAAGAAGAUAUUUUGAAGAAUUGUUUCGUGUUCAGACAAUGAAAAUCAAUGUUGUUUGGUUACCAGGUUUUCAAUGACACAAGGGUGAGUUAAUGAUGAAAGACAUCUGAGCAGAUUUGAGAGGUUCACACUUCUUUAAUGGACUGUGAGGUUAUGGGAACAGAAUGCGAGUCUGUACAUUGUCGCAGAUUAGUUGUGAAAUGUGACUGUAUCUACUAUCUGUUGUUUGCAACACUAAAUAACUCACUCGCCAUGGCUACCAAAUGAGGAGCUAAGAUCCUCUUGGCCUGUGAAUCCUUGAAAAUCUAUUUAUAAUCCGCUAUUAUAGUGCAUACAUUUCACAUCUUAGAAGUGGGUAGCUAUAAGCGCUGUUGUAAUGUUUUUCAUUUAAUCCUGAGCCAUGUGUUGAGUAUUAAAAUCAAGGCACAGGAUAUUGUGCAUUUGGUCAUUUAUAUGCAGGGUAUAAAGUUCAAUUUUAAUUUGAAUAACAUUACAAUGUCUUUUCCUUACAAAAAAAAACCAGUCUAGUAAAUGAGCUCUGGGCUUUGUAGUCCAAGAGAUAACUUCGCCUUGUAUGCUUAUUAAGAAAAUUAUAGCUUGAUAGUAAUGAUGCAAUAUUUCUCCAUUUUAAGUGACACAAAAACAGGUUGAUAUAAAUUACUUUAUUAAGUUACUUUUUUGCCAAAUUCUAAUAUCUGCACCACAGAAAUUAUGUCUUUUGUCUAUGAGAAAUUAAUAUUUGUCUCACUUCUACUAAACUACCCGUAACAUUAUAUGUUUGUGUUCCACAAAGCACCAAAAGUUUUGCUAUAAAUGAGCACAUUUUUUUUUAUACUGAAUCUGGGUAUUUUCUUUUCAAAAAGUGUGAUAUGAGAAACUUACCUUACACAGUUUGAGCAGGGAUAGUUUAUCAAUAGCAUCGAUGUACGUAUCUUGCCAUCAUGUUUCAAAUCAAUCAUCACUAAGAUCAGGUUUUAAAACGCCUUCAAAUGUGUGGUUCAACACAUUUAAAGGGAUAGCUUUUCUGUUUCUUGGGUUCAAUAAAUCAUUCAUCCCCAAAAUAUUUUCUGAACGUUCACUGC